AUGGGGAAGAUCAUUUUCUACGAAGACAAACAUUUUGGGGGUCAUCAGUAUGAAUGCAUUGAUGACUGUGCAGAUAUGCUUUGCUAUCUUCACCGCUGUAAUUCUAUCAAGGUGGAGAGUGGAUGCUUCAUGAUCUAUGAACAACCCCAUUACAAAGGCCAUCAGUUCCUCGUCCGUAAAGGAGACUACCCAGAGUUUGAAAGCUGGUUGGGUAAAAAUGACUCCGUCUGCUCCUGCCAUGUUAUUCCUAUGAUAGAGGGAUCGUCCCAUGAGGUCAAGCUCUUUGAGAGAAUGGAGUAUGGUGGUCAAAUGAUGGCUCUUGCGGACGACUGUCCCAAUGUGAUGGAUAUGUUCCAAAUAAACCAUGUGUACUCCUGCAAGGUGUCUGGGGGAAGCUGGCUCUUCUUUGAGCAAUCCAACUAUAAAGGCAGGAUGUACCUCAUACGGCCUGGAGAUUACACCAGAUUUACUGAAUGGGGUGGCAUAAAUGCCCGUGUGGGUUCCAUCAAACGAAUAAUGAAUUACUAA